CUCACUAUUGAAGCGCUGCAAGAGAUGGAUGAUCAGAUUGCAGAUCAAAUACUUUUUCGAGAAGGAGAAUUGAGCUCUUACAUUUCUUCUGCAGAGGAAGUUGCAGCGAAACGAGUUGCGUUUGCAGUUUGAUUUUCACAACGAUAAGUCGGGGCAUUGAGAGUGCUGUACAAUCAACGCCAAAAUAGCAAAAGACAUGUAUAUUUAGGUCAAGAGUUUCGUCAUUUCCCCAUCACGACAAAUGUGUCAAAAUGAGAAUCUAUCAUUGCCUAUCAUUGACAUUGUAUCCUAUCCUUCUAUUGCGAGAAACGGUGUAUGCCGUCAGUAGUGGCAACCUCGGACCAAAUCUAUGGGAUCUGAAUGAAAGUGCGUCAUCAGACGGCAAUUCACAUCCGGCAAAACACCGAAGUCCUCGACGUGCUUCUCCAUCUCGACAAAGGUCCAUGUCUCCGUCAUCAUCUUCGCAUAGUGUGAACAACAAAGACAUUGUGUUGAAAGAUAGUACACCAAGUGGCGGUGAAACAAGAGGAGGACCAUCAGUGACAAGGUACAGCAUGCGUGAUAACCGUGCAAGGGUAAACUAUGCAGAUCUACAAGGCUCUUCUUCUUCUGAAGGAUCUUAUGCACCACCGCGGACUCAAGCAACGAAACGUAAAUCGACGGAUUGCAAAAUCCACAGACCGGAUUGUGAACAUUGGGAGCUACUUGAUCUCAAAAUGCGAAAGCAAGAAAGUAAGAGAUAUGAAAGAUCGUUAUUAUCAACAGAAGAGAAACAAGCGAUUCGAAGGGAACAAACUAUAAGGCACAAAGGAAGUGAAAAACGUGCAGAAACGAGGCGAAUAUGGGAAAGAAAUCGUGUUGCAAGGAUGAAACCUGCGGAGAAAAAACAAUAUUUAAAUCGAAAAGCAGAGAUAAUGAGACAAGUUCGAGCGCGAAAACGUAAGAUUGUAAAAGGAAAGACACAACAGUUGAGGAUUGAUAAACCUGAACGAGAUUCUGCAUUAGAGCAAGGAAAUAAAAAACCUCCCAAAAAGAUGAAGAGUUUAUCAAACCUUUCAAAGAGUGAGGAAGAAAGAUCGACAAAUGCUGUGGACAAGCCAAAGUCUUCGAAGUAAUAAAUGUAUAAUAUCGUAAUAUUUGACCUCUUAUGAAUUAAUUGUACUCUAUCAUCAUGUGA